CGCCUCCAGGGCCGCAGAACCUUGUGGGAAAGGUAGUUCCCUCGGCAAGAUGGCGGCCCCGCCGGCCCAGGAGCCGAUGCUGAGGCAACCGCCGCCGCCUCCGCUUCCUCGGGAGUCGGACGAAAACGGCUGCGGAAACAGCAGCGCCCCCGAGGACCCGGUUGAAGAAACGGCUGACUCGCCUUACCUGCGCGCACGUCGCAAGCUGGAGAACCUCCUGAACAAGAGCCUGCGGAUUCGCAUGACGGACGGACGGACCCUGGUGGGCUGUUUCUUGUGCACUGACCGGGACUGCAACGUCAUCCUGGGUUCUGCCCAAGAAUACCUGAAACCCACUGACUCCUUCUCGGCGGGCGAACCCCGAGUCCUGGGCUUAGCCAUGGUUCCCGGGCAUCACAUUAUCUCCAUCGAAGUCGAGUUGGAGAGCCUGAACUCCUUGCAGUACGUCUGAAAGGGCCCGUCGCUGGAAAGCAGCCCCGUCGUUUUUCCGAGACGUUUUUCGAACACGAGAAGGAGACGGAGAAGAUUUUUUUUUAAAAAAAAAUUGAGAUUUCUUCCACCGACUUGCUCUUGACAAGGCCCAGGAAGGGCGAAAAACCGCACUCAAAAACUGGUCCCUCCUGCGGCCCUACAACCUGGAGGAUUCCCUACCACCCAGGACCUUUGACCCGGAAGGACCUUUGUACCUGCUUGUUAUUGGUUAAAUCUCGAACUCUG